AUGGUUAAAUAUAUUCCUACAAAGCGUCAAUCAAAAAAAGAAACACUACAGGAACCAAAGUAAGCAGCCAGAGUUAUCCGACACUACCACUUAGAAGAGAAAGUUGAUAAAAGACAUAGAUUCAAAACAACUAAAUAAUAGAGAGAAGAAAUUGAUAUUAAUCUUUAACGUAGAAUUGAAGAUAUUCAUAUUGAAACUAAAUCUGAUAUUUCUGGUUGUUAUUUUAGAGAUAUCAUUGAAUUAAAACGAAGCACAUUAUGUAUACAUUUAUUCUAUAUACAAAGCUACAUUAAUGGAAAAAAAGUUUAUGAAUGAAUCAUAUAAUUAUGCAUAAUCCUUGCCUUAAAUUUUAGUUAAUUUAAGAUAAUUACUUGAUAUUGCUUACAUUUAUUUGAAAGAAAAAGUACUUAUUCUAACCAUAAUAGAGUAGCAAAAAUUUAGUAUUAGACACCUUACCUUAUUUAAUUAAAGAUACCAGAGAAGAAUUUUAUCCAUAUUUAGAAAAAACUAUUAGAGAAAUUCUAUCUUAAAUUGAUAUUGAAUAAGUAGAACACUUAGAAAAGAGUUUCUUGUUUAUUGCAUAUGCAAUUAAAUAUUUAGAAAAAGUAUUGAUAGAUUAAUUUGAACCUUUUAUUAAUCUUAUGUAAGAAGUGUGUUUCUCUUCAAAAUUUAACAUUAUUAAAAAAUUAGCAUCUGAAUCUGUUGGUUAUUUAUUUAGAAAAAAUCGAUCACUUAUUCAUAGAGCUUUGAAUAUUGUUAAUCCUAAAUAACUUAGUUAUUCUAUCUUUAUAUCUAUUCAAUCCAUCAAAGGAUACUUAGCUUAAAAUACAUUCAAAGUAAUUGAUGAAAUUUGGAAAACAUAAAAUAACGAUCUUAUUUAAUAAUUUUAUAUAGUUUUAAUUCAAAAUGCUACAGAGGUUUCUCAUUAAUCUCCUAAAAUCAUGAUUAGUUUAUUAGAAGUAUUCAAAGAUUUAAAAUUAAGAACUUAAUCUCUGGAUUAAGCAAUUUUAAUUGAACUAUUUAAAAAUAAUAGAAAAAAAGCUACACCAUAAAUUAUAAAUGAAGUUAUAACAUUUGUUAAUAAUCCUGAAUCAAUUGGAUAUUUAUUGAGACUUCAUAAUUUAUAGAUCGAAGAGAUAAUCAUUUCAAAUAAAUUGUUUGUCAAUAAAAUGUUAAAUUAGAUAACAAUUGAAGAAUUUUCAAAUAUUGUUGAAAUAAUCUUAUAAUAACCAAUUCAUCAGAGUUCUAAUAUUUAUAAACUAUUAAUUGCAUCAACAUUUUAAUAAUUAUUCUAAUAAAAAGAGGAAGCAUUAAUCUUAUUAUUGAAAUUAGAUGAAAUUCAUUGUAUUGAUAAAUUAACACCUGAUUAAUUAGAUAAAUUAUAUACUUCUGAAUUAUUUAGUAAACUUUUAUGCACAGACAAUAAUUUCUAUGUUCUCUCUUUAUGUAAAUUAAUCCAAAUGGUAGAAUUUCCAACAGAGAUUAAAUAAUAAAUAAUAAACAAAUUGUAAGCUACCCUACAUAUAUUAAAUAAUAAUAUAUAAUCUAAUGAACAAAAAAUAGAUUAUACUCUAAUAAUUAACAAUAUUGAAAAGUUAAGUUCAAUAAAAUUGGAAAUAAGUGAAGAAGUUGAAUUACUAUAUGCAGAAUAAAAUUAAGAUAAUAAAUCAUUAGAAGAUGGGAUAAUUAUAAAAAUAUUGUAGAAUCCAGAAAUUAAAUAAUUAGAAUUAAAUAGAACAAUUUAUAAUUUAUUCAGUAGAUUAAAUUUAUAAACAAAAGAAUUUUUUACUUUGUUAACAAAUAUUCCAAAAAAUUUGUUAGAGAUUGGAUUAAUGAGUAGAAAGAGAUAAAUUAGAUUAAUUUGUGCAUAAAAAUUAUUUGAAUUAGAGAAUUCUGAAUAAUUAUAGCUAAUGAUAGAUAUUGAUAGUGAGAAGAUUAAUAUUGAUAAUGAAAGAAGAAUUAAAAACUCAAUAAUUAAUCUUAAGAAUUUAUUAAAUAAAAGCAUAAAUGUAAAAUAAAUUGAAAGAUAUGCUUUUGGACUUGCAUUCACUAAAUUUUUUCUUGUUAGAUAAACAAUAAGAGAGCUAUUAACCUCAGUUUUAUCAAAAUGUGAUAUUUAAAGUAUAUUGAGAAUAUUUUUGAUUACACCCUAAGAAUAUUAAAAAUGUAGUCUUUCUUAUUUAGAUAAACAUUGCUAUCUAGAAUAAGAUGAAGAAUAAUUAGAAUCUUAAAUUUGUUUUGAUGAAGUAUUUGCAUAGGCUAUUUAACAUUGUGAAUUAAAUCAAAAUAUCAAACAAACAAUUUUCUAAAUUUCAACAAAAUAUUUAUAAUAAUAAUAUGAGGAAGAUAUUAAUUGUAUUAAAGUAGAAUAAUAUUAUAAAAGAAGAUAUGGUGAUAAAACAUCUCAAUUUCAUUUAAAAAUGUUAUAUUAAUCCUCAUAGAUAUAAUUAUUUAAACAUUGGUUAUUAAAAGAUGAUGAAUAAACAUAAAUGAUAGCUUUAAAUAAUAUAAAAUUUAUUGAAAUUUAAAAUAAUUUAUAAGAAUAUCACGGAAUCAUAAAUGAAUUUUUUAGUAGUAUGGAAUAAAUGAUUAAUGGUAAUACAUUUAAAGGUGAAAUAAUUAGAUUCUAAUUAGAUUUACCAUAACAUUUAUAAGAAUAAUUUAAAUUAUACAUUCUAAAUGUAUUAUAUCCAAAGAUAUUUAGUAAAUAAAAACUUCAUAAAAAAAAGCAUAAAAAUUCUGCUAUUUAAGUGAGGAGAAAUGCAGUAUUUGAACAAUUAAGCAAUUUAAACUUAUAAAACGAAUUAAUUAAUUUAAUAUAAGAGAAUCAUGGUUUUCAUAAUGAUUUGAAUGAAGUACCAAUCCAAAUUAAAAUAUAAUAUUUAAAAAUUUUAAAGAAUUUAAUAGAAAAAUUUGGUUAUUAAAUUAAUGUAUAAUAAUUAGAAAAGUAAAUAAAGAUAAUAAGAUAAUUAUUAAAUCAUGCUUUUUUAUUAAAAUAAAAUGAGAAUGUAACAUCAUUAUCGAAAGAAUUAUGGAAGGUUGGAAUUAAAAGAUUAUGCUAAAUUGUUAAUAAAUAUCACUCUGAAUAAUCUUUUACAGAAAUGAUUUAAGAAAAUUUAAAAUUUUGUUUUGAAGAUAAUGGAUUCAUUUAAGGAUUUGAAAAAAUAGUUAUUGAUUCAAAAUCAUAACCUUCUGGAAUUUUAAAAUUGUUAUAGAGUGUAUGUUUAAUAAAAGAUUACUAAUAAUUUAUUUGUGAAAAUCAUGAAUUGUUAUUAAGUAGAUUUUUCUAAUUGUAUGAUUUUACCUAUAUAAAAUAAAUACAUUUGAAUCAAGAUGAAGAUGGAAGAUUAGCUCAUUAGCUAAAACAUUAAAUAUCAUAAAAGAUUUCAGCCUAAAGAAAUUGUAUUCAAAUAUUAAAUAGUAUUUUAUAUUCAAUAUAUUAAUUGAGUGAACCAUCUACCACAAUAGAAAUAGAACCAAAUCAACUUUGUUGUUUAUUUACAUAAUAAUAUGGUGAAUAAUUACUUAAUUGUUUAUUGAAUAAUGUUAACUCUAAUAUUGAAUGUGAGAGUGAAUAGAUAAAAGAUUUAAAUAUGAUUUAUCUUAUUUAUACAAUUUUAAUGAAUAGAAAAGAAUUCAAUAAUGCUAUACUGAAUUAAUGUUUAAUAUUAUUUAGUAAAUAAAUAAAAAAUCCUAAAUUAUAUGAUAGUUAAAUACAUAAUCAUAAUUUGAUGGGUAAAUUAUUAAAUAAUUGCAUUAAAUGCAUUUUAGAUAAAGAUAUAAUAGUUGAAUAUGAUCUAGUAGUUGAAUUAUUCUAAUCAUAUUCAUAACUCUUGAUUCUUGUUAAAAAUUUAACAACUAGAAAUCUAAUAGUAGAUGUAAUAAUUUCAAUGGCUAUUAAAUUUAAAGUACAAUAUCCUUUAAAUGAAAAUGAUGUUUAAUUAUUGAAAGCAAUGAAUUAAAGAAAUCAUGUUACUGAAGAGAUUGAAUAUGAAAAAUGUUUAGAAGCAUGUUUAUAAUUUUAGAAGAUAAUUCAUAAUGAUAAAAAAACAACAGAAUUAAUUUUAUAAAAUUGUUUUUAUCUUUUGACAAGUCAAGAAUUAUCAAUUAGAAUAUCAGUAUUAGAGAUAUUUAAGAGUUAUUUGAGUAAGAAUAUUAAAUCAGAAUAUAUAAAAUAAAAUUAUUUACCUUAGAUGAUUUAAUUAAUGAAAAUGAAUGAAGAAACUUCAGUAAAAGCUGCUUUGUAAUUAUUUGAACAUUAUUUAUUAUGCAUAUAAAUUGAUGAAUACACUUAAUAAAUUUUAAAUAAUUAACCAUUAAAUAUGAUUGAAGAAUAAUACGAUAGUGGCUAUUGUGAAUUUAAAGUAUUAUUUGAAAAUGAGAAUCCAGAUUAAAAUGUCUUCAAUUUAAUUUUUGAUAUUUAAUUAAUUAAAAGAAUAAAAGGAGCUUAAUUAAUUUAAAAGAGACUAAUGUAAAUACCUGUUUUAUUAAUUGAAUCAGUUUCAAAAAUAAUGUUACCUUUAUUAGACUUUUAUAUAUUUUAUGCUGGAGGUGAAUUGAAUAAUCAUAAACAUAAAUUAACAGAUGCAAAUAAAUCACACUAUUUAACAUUAUAAGAUGUUUCUAUUUAAAUGUAUGGGUAUAUUUGUAGCCAUUUUGAUUUUGAAAGAAGAAUUAGUUUAAUGUAAUAAUUAACUAAAAAAUUAGAAAAAAGUAUGAUAAGUAAUAAAUAAUAAUUAUCUAAUGCUUUGAUUAAAACUAUAUCAAUAAUUGCUUCUAAUAAAGAUGAUAAUUUCAAUGUAAUAAAAUUAAUCAAAGAAAGAUUAUAAAUGAAUUCAGAAUCUAAAUUAUAAGAUUAUUUAUAAUAAUAUAUAAGCAUUGAAGAAGAGUAAUAAAAUACUUAAAUUAUUGAUUUUGAAUUUAGUUAUAGAAGUCUUAUUUAAUAAGAAAAAGAAUUAGCAAAAGUUAGAGAAAUUAAAGAUGUUUCAAAUUAAUUUUGGAAUCAAAUUAUUGAUAUUACAGUAGAUGAAAUAUAAGAAUGGUAGGAUAGAUCUAAUAUUUUAUUAAAAUAAAUAUAUUUACCAUUAAAAAAUUUAUUUUUAUUAGAUGAAAAACAUAGAGUUUAGCUGUCUAUAUCAUUAACUGAAUUAAUUAUUUAAUUACCACCUGAAAAUUUUAUGAUUGAAUUAAAUAAACUAGUUGGCAAAUUAUGUAGAUUAUUAAAGAGUAAAGAUAAUGAUGUAAGAGAUGAAACUAGAAAAUGUUUAUUAGAUUUAAGUCGUAAAAUAGGACCUAUAUUUUUAAAGUUUAUUAUUAUACAAAUGAAAUCUAUACUUAUAUAAGGAUUUGAAAAUCAUGUUUUAUCUUAUACUUUAGGAUUAUUAUUAGAAUAAAUAACUGAAAUUGGUCAAAUUGAUAAUUGUUUAGAAGAAAUUAUGGAAAUAUUAUUAGAUGAAGUAUUUGGAAGAUUAUGCACUGAAAAAGAUACUGAAACUUUACCUAAAAAGACUAAAGAAAUUAAGAGUAAAAAAGGAAUGUAAAAUUUUAAAAUAGUUGGUUCAUUAAUUAAUUUUGUUAAUUCUCUACCUAAAUUAAUUGGAACUAUAGAUUAUUAUAUUACUUAAUAUUAGAUAUCUCAUAAUUUACAUAGUAAAUUAAAAUUAAUUUUUGAACAUUUAUAUUUAGGAUUGAUAAAUAAUUAAUCAGUUUAGAAUAUUGUUUAAGUCAUAUAUUUGAUGAUUUGUGAAACUAGCUAUAAAUUAGCAGAUUCUUUAAAAUAAACACAUAAUCUAGAUUUUACUUAUGGUUAAGGUACCUAUAAAAAGAUUACUAAGGAAGAUAUUAUGUCAAUAUAAUUACCUUCUUAUGGAUCAUAAUCAAUCUCUACUUAUAUAAAAUAAAAUAAAUUAAAAACAUCAAGUACUAUUAUUUAUGGUCUUGUAAAUUUUAUAAGCAUAAAACUAUUACAUCACAACAUUCACAAUAUCGAAGAUUCUCCACUUUUAUAAAAAAUGUUUUCUAUCAUUUUAGAAUGUUUAAAUCAUAAAGACAUGAUUACUGAAUGUGUAUCAGUUAUAUCUGCAAUGAUUAAAAGAUUUGAUUGGGUUUUAUAAUUUAAAAAAUAAAUUAUUUAAAAUGCUAUGUAAUGUUUAUCUACUAUUACAUCAACAGAUGAAUAAUUUAUUAGAGAUUCAUUUCUUUUAUUAAAAGCUAUUCUUGAUAGUAAAUUAAAUGAAUUCACUUUAUAAUAAUAAAAAACAUUAGUUCAUUUUAUAGAUCUAUAUUUAGAAUCAAAUGAAUCAUUAGAAUGUUUAAAACUUAUAAUUCAUGCUAUUUGGCCAUUACCAUAAAUUUAUGAUAUUAUUCUUAAAGUUAGAGAAUCUAUGUUAUAAACAACUAAGAAAACACAAAAUCUAUGUUAAUAAAUAUAUAUUAAUUUUCUUAUCAAAUAUCCAUUAUCAAGUUAAGUCUUGUAAUAACAUUAUGACUUUAUUAUUGCAAAUCUUUAAUAUAAGUAUUUUGGUGGUAGAAUGAUAAUCCUUUAAUGUUUAUAAUAAAUAUUUUUAUACUUUCCUUUAGAUACUGUUAACAAAUUAUCUGAAAUUUCAUAUUUCUCUUUAAUUGUAGCCUUAGUUAAAGAAGAUGUUGAUACUCUUAAAGAAUAACUUAUUAAUGUUUUAAAUACAUUAAUUUCUAAAACAACAUAAGAUAAAAUCAUGAAAUUUACAUAAAAUUCAUUAAUUUGGAUGACUAAUGAUAAACUAAAAGUACAAUUAUCAGGUCUAGAAAGUUUAUUUAUUUUAAAAGAUCAUUUAAAAUAUUAUUAAUCCAAAUUUAUUUUAUCAUCAAAUGAAUUAAUUGAUAAAUGUAUUACUAAUUGGAAUGAAUGGAAAAAUACAAUCUAAGCUAAAAAUAUUUAAAAUAAAAAUCUAAAAAAUAGUUAAUGGGCAAAUGAAUUAGAAGCAAUAUCAGUUUCAGAAUAUCCAGAAUUAUAACAAUCUCUUCAUUCUUUAUUAAAACUAUUAAAUGUUAUAGAUGAGAACUAAUUAAUAUUAAUUUAUGAAUAAAAUACAAUUUGUAAAUUAUUUAAAUGUGUUUAAUAUCCUCAUUAAGAAACAGCUAAUUAAGCAAUUUAAUUGUUAAUAAGAUCUAAACAUUUAAAUAUUAUUCAUACUUAAAUUUAGAUAUAACAAGAUCAUAUUGUCAAAAAUAUGUAAAAGAUAACAAAAUAUUUGUUUUUAAUAAAAUUUGCUAGAAAUUAAAUAAUAAUAAAUUAAGAAUUAACAUUCAAAUUUAUAUUAGAUUAUUUAAAUUUAUUAUAGGAAUAAGAAUAAGAAUAAAUUAUUAAUUUAGUGUUUGAAUGUUUAUUAAAAGUAACUACUAAUUUGAUGGCAAAAUAAUUGUAAUUAAACAAAGGAAUAGAAAAUUUAAUGGAAUUUUAUCAAUAUAUAAUUAGUAAUGGAUUUAUGAGUAAUAAAAUGAUAAUCGAAAGUAUAUUGAGAAUCUAAUCACUUUAGUAGGAGAUGCCAAUUAUUGAUUAGGUAAAUAAAAAUAAAUAUUAAAUAGAUUUUAAAAUUAAUAGAGAAGUAAGUAGGGGCUCAAGAAUUUAUAUCGAAAUAUUCUUCAAUAUAGUAAGAGUUGAAUAAGGUAAAAGUGGAGAAAAAGAUAUAGAAUAAAAUGUUAGCAAUAAAGGAUCCUUAGAAGUUUUAAGAAAAGAGAUAAAGAAAGAUGAAAACAAAGUUGAUGUAGAAAAAGAAUAAAUUAUUAAUGAAAAGAGGUAAAAUAAUAAAAGAAUGACAAU